CUGUCAGAAGUCAUAACAUAAAAAUGUACACACACCAUCUACGUGGCUAAUACUUACAUGUUCGCACUGUUCGCAGGAGAACUUUUAUGAAGUUCUGCUUUUGUCAUAUUUUUUUUCUGGAUAUCUUUUUAAGAGAAGAGUCAACAUGAGAAAGCUGAAAGGUGCAGUUAAAGAGACGGCUAAACAAAAACGUGAGAGGAAGCAAGAAUUCGCCAAAACAAGACAACAGUUGCACACAGUUGUUUUGCCCACAUUUGCAGUGAUCUUCAUGUUAAUCUGUAUAUAUGUUUACUUCAAGACCAGGCCUGCUUCCAUGCAAUAUGCUUAAUAAGAAUAAGUUGCAAUUUCUACUAUAUCCUGACAAUUUACGGUGUGUUCCCAUUUGUCUCCACACCUCGUAACCGCCACCAUACAAGAGGCGGGGACAUGGGAAUGAUUCAUAUGAAUGUACCUAUUCCCAUAUGUGGCCGGUGGGGACAAAUGGUACCAAAUGGGUGGAGUCAGAGCACAUUUCACAUCCAUCACAUCUGCCAUACAUAAUGUAUAGGCACAUACGCUCCGGCAUGACCCGGUCGAGCCAUGUCGGAGCGUAUUUUAACUAUCACAUGCAUGAGGAUGACAACUGCAUUUAGAUAAAAUGGAUAUUGGUGUUUAUAAACCAUCUGUCACAUUCUGCCUAGUACCUACUUAUGUGUAAUAGAUGUUUCAUUAACAUAAUUUGUAAUUAUUAUAUGCCUGCCAAAGUUAAAAAAAAACGCUAAAACAAAUGUCCACUGUGUCCGUAUAGGCCAAAACUGUGUUGGGACGGCUUUUAGGCAAUAUGUAUAAGCAACAUCUGGAAGUUAAGCUCCACUAUCCUAACUUUUGGGAAGAGGAAUGUCAACUUUUGUUAUCUUUUGUCUGUCCCUAAAAAUGCCCCAGGGCACAAUAUUAUCAUCAUUAGCAUUAAUGUCGGGAUUUAGUAAGGAAAUACAAAGUAGAGUUUUAUUUGGCAUCUGACAGGUUGUGAGUUAAGCAAUCCAUAGUAUUUUAAUGAAGUAAAGUGAUUUAAUCUUAUUCCUUCCAUAUAUAAAACAUUCCAAUGAUUUUAAAUUAGAAUAUCAAUUGAAGCAAUGUUUUUGAUGUAAUGUUAAUGAAAAUAUAUUUUCUGAGAACCUA